UGUAGUUUUUAAAUAAAUAAGGUUUAUGACACAAUUAAAUUAUAUAAAAUAAAUAAUAACAUAAAUUAGAUAUAUGUUGUAUUGGUUUUAAUUUAAGUAUAACAUUUAUGUUUUGUAGUUUGUCGCUUUAAUUGUAAUUUUUCUUUGUUAUUAUUUAUAACUGAUAAGCAACAAGUUGUCGGCAAAAUUCCUACUAUUACUGUUAAUUUUUAAGUUUUUGCUUAAUUAAUAGUAAUUUUUUGUAAAAUGCAACGUUUUUUAAAAGUUUUUCAAAAGCCCACAUGUAAUAUUAUAGGCAUGAUCCAUGUGGAAGCUUUACCGGGUACACCUCUUUAUAAAGGCAAUUGGUCGGAAAUUAUAGAAAAGGCUAAAUAUGAAGCUAAUAUUUAUAAAAAAUAUAAAUUGGACUCAGUUUUAAUAGAAAACAUGCAUGACAUACCCUAUAUACAAGAGCAUGAACUGGGACCCGAAACGGUGGCCUGUAUGACACGUUUAUCUCAAGAAAUAAGGAAUAUCAUACCAACCAGUAGCAUGCCUAUAGGUAUACAAAUAUUAGCCUGUGGCAAUAAACAAGCUUUGGCAGUAGCCAAAGCCUGUAAUUUGCAAUAUAUAAGAGCAGAAGGCUUUGUUUUUGAUCAUGUAGCAGAUGAAGGUUAUACAAAAGCUUGUGCUGGUUCUAUACUAAGAUAUCGCCAACAAAUUGAUGCUAAAGAUAUUUUAAUAUUUACCGAUCUAAAGAAAAAACAUUCAGCUCACAGUAUAACACAAGAUGUAACAUUGCUGGAGACAGCCAAGGCGGCAGAGUUCUUCUUAACGGAUGGUGUUAUAAUAACGGGUAACGCUACGGGAGAAGCGGCAAAACCUCAAGAUUUAUUGGAAUUAAAAGGUAAACUACAAGUACCUUUAGUGAUAGGUUCCGGUAUUACAAAAGACAAUCUUAAGGACUAUUAUCCUCACAUACAAGCUGCCAUUAUAGGUUCACAUUUUAAGCUGCAAGGUUUGUGGAGCAAUGAAAUAAGUGAAUCCGCUGUUGAAAAGUUCAUGGACCAAGUUAAAGCGUUAAUUAUAUGAAUAGUGUUUUUUAAUUUUAUUUGUUAAAGAAGAAAUGUUUAAUAUUAAAAAAAUACAAAAAAUCUUUUUAGAAAAAUGUGUGUAUGUAUGUAUGUA